AUGCCCGAUGAUUCAAGACCUUCCGCUGUACCCGUACUGCAUUACGUACUGGAAAUACGGCCAGUCGGCGAGAGGCUUUGGCGCCCUGCAGGCCCUGGUUCUGAAAAGAUUGAAGCCUGCCAGUUUACUGUCCCCACAAAUGACCUGAAAGAGGAACAGCCGUAUGAAUUCCAAGUAACAGCUGUCAAUAAAGCGGGGCCUGGCAAGCCAUCCUCGCCUUCGAAUCCUGUUCAGCUAGGUUGUCCACUGGCUUUUGUUCGCCGGUUAGAAGAUGUAAUUAUCAAAUCGUACACUGGUGAACCAGUCGUGUUGGAAUGCGAGUUAACACGUUCGCCUAAAGAAUCGGUCAAGUGGACGAAAGAUCGGCGUCCGCUUACCUCAGGAAAUAAAGUCACUGAUGUAAAACUGGAGUCCGACAAGCGUGAAACAAUUCAUCGCGUUUUAUUGCCUCAACUUACCGAGGAUUUCAUGGGUGAAUACAAAAUUGAGGUGGAAAAAAUCAGUUCCAGUUGUACUAUACAAUUCCAAGUUCCACCUACUUUACGUCUAUCCGAGUCGUUCCAAGAACGUAUUGUGAUGAAGGCAGGCGAAUCACGACCGGUCGAGAUUCCAUUCGUGGCUGUUCCGAAAGCCACAAUUCAGUGGACUUGCACCCUAUCAAAGGCAAAACGUGGAGACCAGAAGCCACGCUUCAAAACAGAAGUUGAUCACAACAUUACCCGUCUGCAAUUGACGAAAGUGACACCAGAAGACAUGGGAGAUUAUCGUGUGAUAAUUCAUAAUAAAUACGGAGAAAUCACUAGCAACAUUCAGUUAGUCGUAGUGGACAAACCCGGACCUCCACGCAAUCCACAAACCCGGGAUAUGACUGGGGAGCAGAUUACAUUCACCUGGGAAGAGCCGGAUUGGCUAGGUGGCACAGAUAGCCCGGUUGAAUACUUGGUCGAGUACCGGGAAACCUCGAUGAGGUCUGCCAAAGCAGUGGGAAAAACGAAGGAGCUUACCAUGCCAAUCACUGAACUGAGUGUGGGCAAAUCCUACGUCUUUCGUGUGGCAUGCAAGAACGAGAAUGGCCAAUCGGACUUUGUGGAAACGCAACCAGUGGUAAUGAAAUUAGAAUUCGACGCCCCUUCAGCACCAAUUAAUGUUCGGGCCUCGGUGAAACCAACUCGUGCAGAGCCUGAGGAACAAGAAAUUCACCUGGUCUGGGACAGUCCGAUUAAGCCAGAUUCUGCUCCGGUAGCCGGCGCACUACCAUCGCACUACAUGGUUGAGAUGAAGUUAGUCGAUGGUAGGAACUGGCAACGGAUUGUCAAAGAUGUAACCAUACAGGAACCUCAAAUACAUUUCGCGGCUGUAGACGAAUCCCUGGGUCCGGAGAAGUUGUACGAGUUCCGUGUAUUCGCGGUAAACAAAGCCGGUACUAGCGAGCCUUCAAAACCAUCUAAUCCGGUUGAACUGGGCGUAGUGCUGGAAUUCGAACGCCCCCUGACGGAUCUCAUUGUGACUGAAGUCAAAUCAGAUCAACCAUAUAUGCUGGAAUGCGAGUUGUCCCGAAAACCACGAACUGCAGUUGCAUGGACCAAGGAUGGUAAACCUUUCCUGCCACCCGCGGCUGAGGACAGGGUUCACUUGAUCAAUGAAGGAAUCAGACAAGCUAUUGUAUUCGAUCGCCUCAUGGACGCUGAUGUUGGUGUUUACGCAAUCCAAGUCGAACAACUUUCCGGUCAAGCCAAGCUAGAAAUUAAAGCCCCGCCAACUAUUCCAAUUUCCAAAGAAUUCGAGGAUCGCAUCACUCUGAAAGCUGGUACAUCAAAAAUCCUGGAAAUUCCGUUUGUAUCCACUCCGAAACCCAAAGUCGACUGGACUUGGGCUCCCAGUCCAGAUCUGACUCAGGAACAGAAACCUCGUUUCAAGCCCGAUGUUGUAGCUGGUUUGACCACGCUACCCCUGAGCAGAGUAAAACGGGAAGACAGUGGAGCCUACAAGGUUCGAAUCACCAACGACUUGGGUGAGGUCUCCAUAAUCACAUACGUUACCGUAAUCGACAAGCCAUCUCCACCACGCAAUCUGCGUGAUACAGAGAAUACUGGAGAAUCGUUGGUCCUCGUCUGGGAUGAGCCCAGCGACUUGGGUGGUUGUGAUAGUCCCGUGAACUACAUAGUAGGCAUGCGUGAAGCAGGAAAACGAGCUGCACAACCUGUAACCAUCAAAACGGUGCAAGAAUUGAAGGCUACCGUCGACGGUCUAAAAUUGGACAAAGAGUACAUAUUCUCCGUCGCGGCAAGCAACGAGGUCGGAACCUCACAGCCGGUUGAAACCAAACCGAUCAAGAUGAAAUAUGCAUUCGAAGUUCCCGGUGCUCCCGGAAAACCAGUUGUAGAAAUAUUGGAGACCGGUCGCGUGAAAGUGAGUUGGAUAUCUCCUACAUCCGACGGUGGCUCUCCAAUCACUGAGUACACCCUGGAAAGCUGUUCCACUCGGGUUCCGAUUCCCGGACAGCGUCGUGGAUCCACUUUUGCAGCCAAACCCAAAUGGAUUCCAGUCAGCAAAGGUAUCAGUUUUGCUCCAGAGGUUGGAACUUCUGCUGAGGUUGAAGGCCUAUCAUCAGACAUGCAGUACGAGUUCCGUGUAUGUGCCGUAAACAAGGCUGGUCCGGGACCCUUCAGUCCCCCUUCGGACUCCUCAAUUCCACUAGUCAAAGGACCACGAGUCCCAGACAAACCCGGAACUCCGACAGCACAAGCUAAAAAUGAUAACACUGUCACUGUCUCGUGGGCACCAUCCGCAGUCAGUGAAGACUUUGGUCCAGCUGACGCCUAUCAAGUCGAGAUGGAAGAAGAUGGAGAUGGAACCUGGCAAGUUGUUGGUACCACAUCGAAACCGGAAGACUGUCAACUUGAUGUGCCAAAUCUGGACAACGCCAAACGAUACGUAUUCCGCGUUCGUGGCUUGAAUAAGGAAGGUCAAGGUGAACCAUCCAAAUCUUCCAAUCAAGUUUAUUUGAAGAAAGAUGCCCCAUUGGCAAUUGUGAAACCUUUGGAAUCGAUCAGUGCAGAAACUGUUCCUGAAACGGUCGCCUUUGAGUGUCACAUAAAUAAAGCCGCGCAGAAAAUCCAAUGGUUAUUCAACGGAAAACGUGUGGAUAGUUCGAAUUUGCGUAAGUACCGCGUCACAGAGGACGUUCUAGUGCAUCGCUUGGAUGUGCUCAAAGUCACUCCAGAGGAUGUUGGUGAAUACACCAUUCGUGUGGAGAAACUGGAAUCUAAGGCGCGCUUUGAUUUGGAACUUGCUCCACGGAUUAUUCUUCCCGAAAAUUUCGAAAAGACUAUUGUGCUACAACAAGGAGCAUCAAGAACUGUGGAAAUUCCAUUUGUUGCCUCUCCGGCAGCGAAAGAAAUUAUUUGGUAUUGGAACGGUAGUCGUACGUUGCCCGAACCUACCAAACGUACGGUACCCAGAAACGACCUUACCGGAAAGGCAGUGCUCGUGUUCUCCAAAGUCGAACGCACUGAUGCAGGUGUCUAUGAAACCGUAAUCACGAAUGAGUUUGGUGAGGCUAAAGCAAAAGUCACGCUCCAAGUGCUUUCACCUCCUGGACCAGUGCGAAGUUUGGAAAUAAAUGCAGAAACGCCUACUGAAGCUGGCCUUGUUUGGAAGCCCCCCGUCGAAGGGGAUGAUGGUGGUAGUCCGAUAACCAAUUAUCGUGUUGAACAACGCAUCCUGACUGCAGCGCCCGGUGCGACGUUGCGAAGCCAUCAGCGUGAGUGGAGCCUGGUGACAACGGUGGAAGCCAAACCAGAGGACGAUUUGUUGGCCCAUCGACUGUCGGGGUUGGUGGAAGGAACGACGUACUCGUUUGCAGUUAGUGCAGUAAAUGCUAUCGGGACCGGACCACGAACCGAAAUCCCAGAAGGAUUUCUGAUGAAAUCACCUUUCGAUAAACCAUCCAAACCGACUGAUCUGACAGUAAAGCCAGUGGACACAACCACAGUGGAGCUAGAUUACCGGUUACCCAAGGUCCCUGAAUCCGCUUCUUUAACCGAAGUCAUGGUUGAAUACCGUCCGAAAGGUCAAUCGCGGUGGAAUUCACAAAAGGUCCCGGUGACGGAUACUGUCAAGCUAGAUAAAUUGGACGCAAAGACAGAGUACGAUUUCCGUGUCUCUUGUGCUAAUCUAGCGGGUUGGAGUGAACCGUCGGACAUAGUGCGUGGCCAAACUAAACAACCUCCAAAGCCCCCCGGACCUCCAACUUCAGUCGUGGUAAAACCUUCUGGGUCUGAUGCUCUCUGCUUGACUUGGAAUCCACCCGAGGACAAUGGUGGCAGUCCGAUCACGGCCUACCAAAUCGAACUAACCGACGCAGCUGGGCCGGAGAGAUGGAAACCGAUACAAACUUUCUCAAUCGGCAAAGAUGAUCAACCACUGGAGGCAAUCCUAUCCAAAUUGGACGAGUCGAAAUCCUAUCAGAUUCGUGUAGCCGCGACCAACAAGGCUGGAACGGGCAAGCCUUCACAGGCAUCCCCAGCAGUUACACCCGGAGAAGCUGUCACAUUAGUCCGCCCACUUGAGGAUAUCUGGUAUACUGAAAUCCCCGCACCCAACACACAGGCAGUCUUCGAGUGUGAAUUAAGUCAUGCAAAUUGUCGUGUGCAGUGGCUACGUGCCGGCAAACCACUGGAAAUCGGACGUAAAUUUGACUUCACACCCGAAGGUUGUGUGUAUCGCUUGACUGUUAACGACGUGAGGUUGGACGAUCUGGACCACUAUGCUAUGACUUACAAGAAUUUGAAAACGGAAGCGGAUUUGGGUGCUAAAAUCCCACCGGCCCUGAGAGAAGAUGUGGAGAUGAGCGAUGUGCGGAAAGUGCGCGCGGGCUCCAACUUUGUUCUGGAGGUGCCGUUCAAAGCAUAUCCGAAGCCGACUAUUAAGUGGAUGGCUCAAGGGACCACAGUGACUGAAUCCACUCGGCGAUAUCAAGUGGACACCGUAGCUGGUCUAACUUCACUGUCGAUUCAGCGGACACAACGCGAUGAUGCGGGACAGUUGACUGUCAUAAUCGAAAACGAGUAUGGAAAACUCACAUGGAAAUGUGAACUGAUUGUGAUUGAUAAACCGGGUCCUGUUGAACGCCUGACGACUGAAGUCCCUGAUAAAGAAGCUCAGGUGCGAGUCACCUGGAAGCCACCCCGAGAUGACGGAAAGAGUCCCGUCACUGGUUAUGAAUUGGAGUACCGCACCUCUAAACGCCGGGGUUGGCAACAGUUGAGGCAUGGGCCCCAAGAUGACAGUGAGACGUUCCUCAUUCCCGCAGAAACACCCGAGUUCCUUGUCCCGGUUGGUGAUAAAGAAACGGCCAAUUGUCUGGAAGGUGGAGCUGACUACUUGUUCCGUGUAGUCGCGGUUAAUGAAGUGGGAAAGAGUGAACCCGUAGAAACGAAAACUGCUAUCAAAGCUCCAGCAAAACCGAAACCUCCAAAGCUAAAAUACGACGUUCAGCUGGAAUCUUCUCGCGUGAGUAUCGGUCAGAAACACGUAAUUCCCGUAAGUGUUGAGGGCGAACCAGUGCCCAAAGUCACUUGGUACUAUGCCCCAGAUGAGAAAACGACCGACCUGGUGACAACAUUGCCCUCGGAUGCACAGACCGAUGCAACCGGUCCCGAUCGGAACGGAGUGAACAAAGUCGAAUUGAAAUUCCGCAAAGCUACUCGCCAAGCCGAUGGAAUCUACACGAUUGUGGCUGUGAAUGCAGGCGGUGAAGCUCGUGCCCAGUUCCGGGUUCAAGUUACUGGUGUACCUGGAACCCCGUUGAAUUUGGCUGUGCUAAACUUGACGAAGAGUUCCGUCCGUCUCACAUGGCAACCACCAACGGAUACCGGUGGAAUGAAGCUGACCAAUUAUGUAAUUGAACAAGCAGAGAUGAGCAGUGCCUAUGCGACCCCAUCCAGUACAACUUACUGGCAAACAGUAACCACCAGCCUCCCCGUGACAGAGGCCACGGACGCGGAGGGACAAUGUUCUUACGAGGUCGCUCGACUGAUCACAGGGAAACACAUGUUCUUCCGUGUCGCUGCACAAAACAAACUCGGUGUCGGAGGCUUUGCGGUCACUGAUAAAGCACUACAAAUCACGUCACCGCACAAUCUUCCUGGUGCACCACGUAAUCUGCGUGCAACGGUGGACAAAGACGGCCAAGUAAAUGUUGAAUGGAACGCACCGCAAGAUGACGGUGGUUCAAAUAUUAUCAACUAUGUGAUUGAACGGAGCACUGCUGCAAGCGGAUCGAAUUGGGUCGAGAUUACCGCGCCUGAUUCGAAGGACACGAAGCGCACAUUGCGUAAUCUUAAAGACGGAAAGUGCUUCAUUCGUGUUUCCGCCGUGAAUGAAGUUGGUCAAGGCCCUCCAUCUGAGGUUACUGAAGUGUCUGUGAAGAAACUAUCCGAUGAACCGGAUACCCCUAGUCAGCCGACUGUGGAAGUUGUAGGUGAUGGUAGUGUUCAUUUGCGUUGGAAUCCGCCGCUAAACGAAGGUCUAGCCGGCCCGGUAACCGGCUACGAAGUACAAUGGUGUGAACUAGGUUCUAGCAAGUGGCAAUCGGCGCUCCGUGAACCUUGCACAACGAAUGACACACGUGUAGACGGACUACCCACAGAUCGUGAUCUCCAGUUUCGUGUGAUAGCCAUCAACGGAGCAGGCAAAAGUGAACCUUCGGAAAGCACUCGUCCAGUUCGACUGAGUCUCUAUACUGCUCGAUUGGCAACCGGUCUAAAAUCGGAGGCAUGUCUUAGUGUAGAAUGUCCGCCUAAGAUCAACUAUUCCGGUCCGAUGGAAAUCGAAUUGAUCGCUGGCAAGAGCACUAUCAUCGAGGUGCCCUAUUCCGGAGCACCUGCUCCUGAUGUGAAUUGGUCUCUUAAUGCCGGUCCACUCCCUAUUGGGCCGGUUCGCGAAAGUCCACUUGCAAGUGUGGACACAGUGUAUGGGUUAACAUGCUUGCGUCUACGUCAUGUAACUCGUGAAGCCACAGGAACCUAUAAAGUGCUGGUAAGUGGAACGCGUGGGUAA